CUCUUCAUGCCUCAAGAGACUAGACACCCAGCCAUUGAAACCUCUCAUUAAUCAGCAAUGGUUUACACCCUCUUCACAUCUCUAGCUCAAUCCCCCCUUCCCAUUUCCUCAAACUCCCCCACCUUAAUUUCAUCCAAAACUUUCCUCAAACGAACCCACACCCUUUUCCUCAGUGCCCGCACAAACCACCUCUCACGCCUCACAACCACCACCCGGCCGCCGCGUCAUGUCUGCUUCUCCAGCUCCCCAGGAAGCCCAAAACCCGAUUUCCAAGAUAAGGAAAAUGAAGGGGGCUUGCAGAUUUUGAAGAGGUGGGAUGUGCCCUGGGAGUGGCAAACAGUCUCAUUGACAUCACUUGCUUGUGGGCUGAGUUUUGUUUUGACAGGAUUGGUGGAGGCAGCAGUUGUACCUUAUGUAGGAUUGAACAUUCAGGAUUUGAGUUUGGAUGAGAAGGCUGAGUUUCUCUUGGCUGCUCAAGGACUUACUACUGCAGCUAUACUUGGAGUUCUGUAUACCGUUGCCAGCACUUUCCAACCGUUGCCACAAGAUAUAUAUCGCUAUGAUUGGAGGGAGCCUUUCAGUCUAAAAAGAGGGUGGCUUUUAUGGGCUGGAGUUGGUCUCGUCGGUGCUGUAGCUGCUGUGGCAUUGACAGGGGCUGCCACAUCUUUUUUCAGCGGGGAGACCCCACAAAGAGAGAAGGACGCUCUAGUUAGUUUGCUCCCACUAAUUGGAUCAUCAAGUAUUAGCACUGCUUGCUUGUUAGGCAUCACUGGAAUUUUGGCUCCAAUUCUUGAGGAAACUGUUUUCCGGGGGUUCUUUAUGGUCUCCAUGACUAAGUGGGUACCUACCCCAGUUGCUGUCAUAAUUAGUGCAGCUGUAUUUGCACUUGCACAUCUCACUCCUGGAGAGUUUCCCCAGCUGUUUGUACUAGGCGCUGCUAUGGGAUUGGCAUAUGCUCAAACUCGCAACCUUUUGACCCCUAUCACAAUACAUGCUUUCUGGAACUCAGGAGUAAUAUUGCUUUUGACCUUCCUUCAGCUUCAAGGGUACGAUAUCAAGGAAUUGUUACAGGCAACCUGAUAAGAGUAGAUUUCUUUUGCAUGUAUGAUACGGAGCAUUGUGCAAGGGUGAAAGUUGCAUGCUUAAGACCUGCAAGGAUAGUAAAGUUGCUAAAAUUAAGAAUAUAAGGAUCUGAACUUACUAUAAGCCCUAACAAUGUUGGCGCAAAAUGCAGUGCAGAUGUAUGGGUGGAUCAUUUGUGUUGCGAAUUGAGGAUGAGUUGGUACUUACCUAUAUAUAUUUGUUUUGUAACAAAGUUACUUUUUGGCUACCCACAAUGUGAAUGUAAUAGCAUGACUGCAUUAGGGAAACUGCUCAUAAACUUCUUCUUUUUGAAGUUUUUCA